AUGGCCGAGUUCGAGGCGCCCAAGCCGAUCGAAGACCGCGUCUUCUGCACGUUCGCCGCGUGCACGCAGUGCGAGGGUCCGCUCUUCCACGACAGCUACAUCCGGACCAACAAACCCAACGGCCAAAAGGCGAUUCGGUGCUUUCCGCACUGCUGCCCGACACACUUGACCAUAAAUGCCUGCGGCACGUCGCUUGCGAUGCAAGUUGGCGGCAACUUCUCGCGCUUUGAGUCCAUGGCAUUCGAGUCCUACUGCCGUUUCGAACGUUGUCUCGAGGGCGCCCUCGACGUUGGGCAACUUGUGUCAUCCGCCGACCUCGCGCGCUUCAGCCGCAUCAAGGAUAGCGAAGAUGCAUCCGAAUGGCUUCCAGGAAAGCUUCAAUACAAAGAGAACAACACAGAAGAGGACUGCGGGACGCUCGUGUACCAGAUUAACCCGUCGCCACACGAGGAUCAGUGGCAAUACGCGUGGAAAGGCGGGGCCAGCAAGGUCCUACGCAAUACCAAGCACGUCUUCAAGGCCUACCUCUUCAUGGUCUACCAGUACGAGCCACAGAAGGUGCUGCGUGUUAUCGGCGUCGCUCAGUCGACGCCCUUCACGCUCUCAUCGUACCGUCGCGCUUUAAGCAGCAGCGAUCUUGGGGACCCCAACGACGGCACCACGAUCCAGUACGACUCGAUUGACGACGGCUACCGUCUUGAGUUCUUAAAAUGUGCGUGCACGAGUGAGUCGACAUUCAAGGACACCUACAUUCGUUGCAACAAGACGGAAGGGCGCAAAGAGCUGCGCUGUUUCCCACACUGCUGCCCCGGACACCUCGUACACUGCAGCUGUGGCGGGAAAAUCUCGUUUGCUCUCGCGGGGCCCCAGCUCAACAAAGUGCCUGCGUACUCGUUCGUAGCCUUUGCGCGCGUCGAACGCCUCAAUGAGCCGGAGCUCAGAAUGGGGGAUGUCCGGUCGCACGCCAGUCUCACGGCCGAGCACGAGAGUGGCGGAGAGUGGGUCCCUGGCGUCCUCCUUCCGCCGUCCACAUACUACCCCACGUCGCUCGUCUUCAACUUCAACGACGGUGUCAAGGUCGGCUGGCCGUACCACUGGACCGCCAGCGCGAGCAAGGAAAGCCGCAGCACGCGCCACGUGUGGCGUGGCUAUAUGUUUAUGCGGCUUCCGGGCGACGACAGCGCGUUCACUCAGGACUUGCGUGUGAUUGCGUCAGUGCAGUCACCGGCGUUCACUUUGCUCUCCUAUCGGCGCAACAACGAGACGCGAACGUCGCGCACGAACCGCCGCAUCAUUGUCGAAGCGAAAACGGUCGCGGAUGUGACGCCGAUCGACGUAUCGAUGGUUGUUCCUGCACUUAUUCCACAAGACCCGUCGCCCAAGUCGAUCGCGCACCCGCCGCUCCAGCGCCGGAGCUCGGCGAUGCAGCUCAUUUUGAACAAUGACGAUGAAAACAUGGUACCGACGCAGGCCGAUAAUGACACAACCAGCCCCGCAACGACGCCCGUUGCGUCGGCAAGCAUGCUGCGCCUAAAGAACAUCAUGAGCGACGACAUCAAGAAGCCUAAGCGCCGUCGUGUGGCCAUUGUCGAUGACACUUCAAGCUCAAGGUCGAUCGCGACGGCAACCUGCGAUACAAGGGUGAUCAAGGGCUUUGAGCGGAUCUUUGGACUCGACUACGACGAGACGUACGAGUCGGCCAUUCGCUUCAAGACCUUGCGCGCUAUUCUGCUCUACGCGGCCUUGUGUGGAUGGAAACUGCGUCAAUACGACUUUGUCAUGGCGUUUCUCAACGCCGCUCUCAAGAAGGGUCAACUCGCCUACAUGGAGCAGCCGGAAGGCUUUACCAAGCACGUCCAACGCCUCAUGUGCCUGCUCAUCAUGACGAUUUACGGCCUGCGCCAAGCGCCUCACGAGUGGAACUCGAUGUUGCACGAAUUCCUCAAGGAUCGCGGCCUCUACACGAAAACUGUGGGAGGAAAUGGCAACCGCGAUGUCGUUUUCGUUACGGUCUACGUCGACGACCUGCUCAUCCUCGGCGACGACAAGCACACUGCGCCGGUGAUCAAGGCGCUGCUCGCCAAGUUCAAGAUGACGCAGCUCGGCGACGUCCUAUGCUCUAUGGGCUGCAAAUUGACUUGA